AAUACCGGUGAACUCUAAAACAAUCAAUAUAUUCUCGUAUAGUGAUGAGGUGUACACUUGUAAUUCAACUGUGACAUUUUUUGCUGAGCAGAAUCGUGUAAACACAGUUUGCAAGUAUCCGAUGGAUACCCCGUACUACGGUGAAAGGUUCCAAGUUGUCGCGCAGAGUGAUUGCAUAAUGUAUCGACUGAAAUCAGUGUGAAAAAGUGAACCUACCUUGAUGCCGGCGUGAUAGAAUUGUGAAAAAUAUUAUAAAACCUCUGCAUAGCAAUUGCUUUAGCUUAUACAAAUAACGCACAGCAGCCGGAUCUACAACAAAACAACAAACAAAAUUGGUGCUGUAGAAUGGGUAUAUCCAAGUGGGUGAACACAAUCUUCCGGUCAAGCAAGCAGGUUGCGGCCACUGCUGAAGCAAUCCAAACUAGUCAUUCUGCCAAUUCUAAAGGCAUUGGUGAAGAAAAAUUGAAAUCUCUGACAAACCAGCGAAAUAAUGGAUAUGCAUCGGAAGCUACAUUCGAGACACGAGCUUUCAAGCUGCACAAUCUCGAGGAAGGACCGUCCACAUCUGUGACGGUGAGCAAGGAAGACGCCCUUAAGUACUAUGGACAAAUGUACACGAUUCGUCGCAUGGAAACGGCCGCCGGCAAUCUGUACAAAGAGAAAGUGAUAAGAGGUUUCUGCCACCUGUAUUCGGGCCAGGAGGCGUGCGCCGUCGGAAUGCGUGCUGCUAUGCGCCCCGAGGAUUCCUGCAUUACGGCGUACCGUUGCCAUGGUUGGACCUUUCUGAUGGGUGUGUCGGUGCAGGCGGUCCUAUCGGAAUUAACUGGUCGCAGCAGUGGGUGCGCUCGUGGCAAGGGAGGUAGUAUGCAUAUGUACGGCAGGAAUUUCUACGGCGGCAACGGUAUCGUUGGAGCACAGGUUCCACUUGGCGUCGGAAUAGGCUUUGCGGCGAAGUAUAAUGGUACGAAGGGUGCCUGCAUUGCCCUCUACGGUGACGGUGCCGCCAAUCAGGGUCAGCUGUUUGAGGUCUACAACAUGGCCAAGCUAUGGAACUCGCCGUGCAUUUUUGUGUGCGAAAACAACGGCUACGGCAUGGGUACUAGUGUGGAGCGUGCUUCGGCAAACACCAACUACUACACCCGGGGAGACUAUGUGCCCGGCAUCUGGGUCGACGGUAUGGACGUGCUGGCCGUUCGCGAAGCGACCCGUUUCGCCCUGGAGCACACCUCGUCUGGCAAAGGACCGAUCCUGAUGGAAACGGCCACCUACCGCUACUCGGGACACUCGAUGUCCGAUCCUGGCACGAGCUACCGUUCCCGCGAUGAAAUCGCCGAAGUGCGUCAAACGCGUGAUCCGAUCACCUCGCUGCGCGAGAAGAUUUUGACGACCGAGCUGGCCUCGGUGGAGGAGUUGAAGGAGAUUGAAGGCAAAAUCCGUGCGGAAGUAGACGCAGCCACUAAAGUCGCCAAAACCGAUAAAGAAAUUUCCGUGGAUGAGCUGACUGCGGACAUUUACUCCAAUCCGCAGAAUCUUACCUCUGUCCGAAACACGUUGCCACUAUCGGAGCUAGCACACAAGCGACUCGGUAAAGCGGUCAACAUGUAAAAAGCACAUACUCCUUUCGUACCAUCUCUACAAACCAGCCGGCAUAGAACAUUGGCAAGAUGCAAUUUCGUAGACCCUGUAGAGUCGUUUGUGAUGCACAGAUGCGUAAUCUCACUAGCCAUUUCGAUUGAUGAUCCAGCCAGCAGAACGAUAUUGUCUAGUGUUGGUCGGGAUGCUAUUCGUUCCAUCUUUACAACGCCACCCAGUAACAACUAUUCUUUUCGUAACGAACACAUUGAACAUCUGGUGUUGUGAAGUAAAAGUACUGUUGGUAACCGAAACGUGUAUUUAAUGAUUUAAUCUAUAAACGGGUUUGGAAAGCAUUUAAGACAAACACUGCAAAUAAAGCUGAAAAAGAAGU